AUGACCACGACGGCAAAGGACAAACGCAUUGCCAGCAGACUCGAGUGCCUCCCCUCGGAACUCAUCAAGCCUAUCCUGGCCAACCUAACAUUCCGAGAUAUCAUUGCACUGUCGAUAUGUGCCGAAGACAACUGCCAACUGGCCAACGCUCUCCCCAUCAUGGAAGGACAUCUGACCUGUGUAUGUGGCUCGGAAAUCCGAGUUUCAGACAAUCAUGUCUCUAAUAGUACCUUGGGCGGCGGGAGCUGGCAUGAUCCUACAGAUGGCGAGCUAGAUCUGACUCCGGAUAUGUUUCGUCGACGAAUGGCACGCGGAAAAGAACUCUAUGGAAACGGUUAUGACUUCUUUCAACAUACACUACCAUCGUGUUUGAGAAGUUUCUGGAAAUCACGGCCAGGGUCGGUCUUGUGACAUUGUCAUUCUUGUGCCAGGAACUUUCACUGGAAGAAAUAGCGGCGAUAGUACCUUGGCUUACCAGUGAACCAUUCCCGGAUGCCGAUGAACUGCGCCGCGAGCUCUACAGAGAGAUGAAAAUGCUGAGAUGCGCCUGUAGAGUGGACCCUGGGUCAUAUUCAACACCACUCGCAACUAAGGGCCAGCAACGUGUUUUUACACGGCCCGGGUGCCAUCAUAAGCAUACCAACCGACCGAUACCGGGAAGAUCGCUCCCAUAAAUAAAGGCCUUCAUGGAUGGAUAUUCGGCUGCACAAACACGGCUCAACGCAGUUAAGGUCCAGCAACUCGUGUCAUUGGCCGCUCAAUACUCUCGCCACUACACCCGACUCAGGAUGUCAUUGGCACCGCAAUCUCCACGCCAGAACAUUAGCCACAUUCCACAGCAGCUGCGAGUGGUUGCCGAGUUCAUACCUAGGAUUCUAGAUCUUGAUCGUCGCCGUGAGCCAAAAACAUCCAAACAUGGCCACUGUCGGUUUCGUUACCCGCAUGCUUGUCUCAUACCCUAUGACUGGUGUCUCCGCCUCUGGACCAGGGUUGUAGAAGCCUACCCUUCCUUGCUGGACAUCACAGAGAAACCAAGCCCCAUCGUUCUUACAAUCCAACCUCCACCCGUCCACAUCUCUCAGUCUUCAGAUUGCUUUGCAAGGGCUCGACAGGUGCUACAAAAGCCUACAGUGAUGAACAGUAGACCGUUCACGAUGGGAGUCCCAGUCUCACGAACCGAACUAAACGAUGAUGCGUUUGUUCAUUUCGCAAGGUCUUGUGGCCUCUCCGAAGGAGAUAAGCUGACUGUUUCACAGGUGUUCCAGUAUUUUCGGUGCACGAAAAGCCGCUUGAUUUACAUCUUUGUGGGAAUGCCCGCUCCAUGAUCGAUAGCCGGGAAAUUGAGUGGCUGGAUGCGUUCCUUCAAGCAGUUGAGUGGAUGGAAAAUACGUUCCCGGAGCUUGUUGUGGAGAUCAUGCGGGACGAGGCUGAGGCAUGAUGGGCCGUGGCAAAAAAGGAACUGGUUGAUGAUAUUUGGAGUGAUCGUCCCGUUUCGCCAUGUCAAAUCAUCUGUCCCCGUGUGGCUAAGUUGUGAUGCGGGCUUCAAUGGACUGUCACUACGCCUUCUUUGCUGUGCGUGUGUAUCUUGACUUGGCCUUGAGCCAUGACUUGCACGUGGUGAACAGGUAAGGUAUCUAGCCCUGAUUUGGUCUAUCAAAAAUUACAGGGCUUCAUAAAGCAAGAG